ACCCUUCAUGGUCCUAUUUUUAUCCAAGAGCCAUAUGACAUCACUUAUUCCAUGGGCUCAGCAAAUCCAGAAAUCCUUCUGAACUGUACAGCUAAAGGAUAUCCACUUCCAUACUACAGGUGGAAGCAAAAUGGCACAGAUAUUGAUCUUACCAUGAGUUAUCACUACAGGUUGGUUGGAGGCAGCUUGGCAAUCAAUAACCCACAUAAAAAACAGGAUAUUGGAACAUACCAGUGUUUGGCCACAAAUUCAUUUGGAACAAUUAUGAGCAGGAAGGCAAAGCUUCAAUUUGCAUAUCUUGAAAAUUUUGAAACGAAAACAAGAAUUACAGUGUCAGUCAGAGAAGGACAAGGAGUGGUUCUGCUCUGUGGUCCUCCACCGCAUCACGGAGGCUUGUCCUACACCUGGGUCUUCAACAAUAAUACAUUAUAUGUUCAGGAAGAUAGUCGCCGCUUUGUUUCACAAGAAACGGGGAAUCUGUACAUUGCCAAAGUGGAGCCAUCAGAUGUGGGCAAUUACACCUGCGUUGUGACUAACCCUAAAGCAGAGCAGAGCGUGCAGGGGCCACCCACUCCUCUCCGCCUCCGCAGUGACGGUGUGAUGGGGGAGUAUGAACCAAAGAUCGAAGUACGUUUUCCAGAAACUACAUAUGCAGCGAAGGGCUCGUCUGUUAAACUGGAAUGCUUUGCCCUUGGAAAUCCUGUCCCUAGCAUUAGCUGGAAGAGGUCUGAUGGAAACCCAUUGACAAAGAAAAUAGAACACAACAAAACCAAAGGAGUGCUUGAAAUCCCAGAUGUUCAGCAAGAAGAUGAAGGCUCUUAUGAGUGUAUUGCAGGAAACGUUCGAGGAAGAAACAUUGCAAGAGGUCGAUUAUUUGUGUAUGCACUCCCUGAAUGGGAUAAAAAAAUCCAAAAUGCCUUUCUGUCUCUCUAUGACAGUUUAGUUUGGGAAUGUAAGGCAAAAGGAAAGCCAAACCCUUCCUACAGUUGGUUAAAAAAUGGCCAGCCGCUGACAUCAGAGGAAAGAAUUCAAAUAGAAAAUGGAACUCUUAUCAUACCUGUGCUGAAUAUGUCAGACUCUGGCCUUUAUCAGUGUGUGGCAGAAAACAAGUACGAUACCAUUUAUGCUAAUGCUGAGUUGCGUGUGAUAGCUGCAGCACCCGAUUUUUCCAAAACUCCUGUGAAAAAAAAGUCUGUUGUCCAAGUUGGAGGUGAAGUUACAAUUCGUUGUAAACCAAGUGCUUCUCCCAGAGCAGUUAUUGACUGGAGAAAGGGCUCAGAGGUUCUGCGCCAGAACAAAAGGGUCAGCUUACUAGAGGAUGGCAGCCUCAGGCUCCAUAACAUCACCAAAUCAGAUGCCGGGGUGUACACUUGUAUAGCAACAAAUCAGUUUGGAGUGGCGAGAAGUUCAGGGAACCUGGUUGUGAAAGAAAGGACUGUAAUUACUAUUCCACCUUCUAAUAUGGAUGUAACAGUUGGGGAAAGCAUAGUUCUUCCAUGCCAGGUGUCUCAUGACCCCUCUGUUGAUGUGGUGUUCAUGUGGUCAUUCAAUGGCAAUAGAAUCGAUUUUAAUAAAGGAAUACAUAAUUUUGAAAGAAUUGGAAGAGAAUCUGUUGGGGAUUUGAUGAUAAGAAAUAUUCAGCUACAUCAUUCUGGGAAGUAUGUGUGCAUGGUACAAACAACUUUAGACAGUCAAUCUGCAACAGUAGAUAUCACUGUGAGAGGCCCCCCAGGUCCACCAGAAGAUGUUGAAGUUGAACAUAUUACUAGCACUACUGCUGUGUUAUCCUGGAAGUCUGGAAUAGAUAAUAAUAGUCCAGUCCAGUUCUACAGUGUUCAGAUGAGGACUCCUUUCUCAGUUGGAUGGCAGGCAGUUACAACAGUUCCUGAAGUCAUUAAUGGUAGGACUCACAAGGCGACCGUGGUUGACUUAAGCCCCUGGGUUGAGUAUGAGUUUCGUGUGGUUGCCAGCAAUAGUGUUGGAAUUGGGGAGCCAAGCAGACCAUCAGCUCUACUGAAAACUAAAGCAGCAGUUCCUGUCGUGGCACCAACGAACGUCGGCGGAGGAGGAGGGAGCCGUUCUGAGCUGGUCAUCACAUGGGAGCCAGUUUCAGAAGAACUACAAAAUGGGGAAGGUUUUGGCUACAUCGUUAUGCUUCGUCCUCUUGGCUCAACAACCUGGACAAAAGCAGUGGUGGCUUCAGUGGAAGCAAGCAAAUACGUUUAUAGGAACGAAAGCAUUACGCCUCUCUCUCCUUUUGAAGUGAAAGUUGGUGUCUACAACAAGGAAGGAGAAGGGACCCUGAGCUCCAUAUCCAUUGUCUACUCAGGAGAAGACGAGCCGCAGAUAGCACCAGCGGGGACUUCAGCACUCAGCGUUUCGGCGGCGGAGGUGGAGGUCUCCUGGAAGCCCAUCGCAUGGAACAGGCACAUGGGCAGAGUGCUGGGCUAUGAGGUUCUAUAUUGGACUGAUGAUCCCAAAGACAGCACAGCUGGUAAAGUCAGAGUCAAUGGGAACGUAACAGCCAAAAAUAUCACAGGACUAAAAGCUAACACAGUGUAUUUUGCAACAGUUCGAGCUUACAACACGGCAGGGACAGGGCCUUCUAGCACCCCGGUAAAUGUCACCACUAAAAAAUCACCACCAAGUCAACCCCCGGCAAACAUCGCUUGGAAGCUGACAGAUUCCAAAAUCUGCUUGAAUUGGGAACACGUAAAAACAAUGGAGAAUGAAUCAGAGGUGCUAGGCUACAAAAUUUUGUAUAGACAAAACAGACAUAGCAAAACACAUAUACUGGAGACAAACAACACUUCAGCUGAACUUCUGGUACCAUUUGAAGAAGAUUAUCUCAUAGAAAUACGAACAGUCAGUGACGGUGGUGAUGGCAGCAGCAGUGAGGAAAUUAGGAUUCCAAAAAUAUCCAGUUUAACGUCUGGAGGAAUAAAAUUGUCCCAAAGGGAGAACCAUAGAUUGACGUCAGGGAUCCUGCUGUUGAGUUCUGCUCUUAUAUACCCUUUCCCUUGGUGA